CGGCAGGAAAUCGAAACAUGGGUAGCAGCUCUGAGCCAUUACGAUAAUAAUGAAUUUGAAGAGGCAUUGAAGGGAUUCGAGGAGAUUCAAGAUACUUCAAAAAUAUACUUCAAUUGUGGUGUAAUCCAUGCCACCUUAGGGGAACAUGACAAAGCUAUUGAAAUGUAUCAAAAAGCAAUAAACUUAGACCAGUACCUCGCUGUUGCCUAUUUUCAACAGGGAGUAUCAAACUUUCUUCUGGGUGACUUUGAGGAAGCACUAGCUAAUUUUAACGACACCUUAUUGUACCUCAGAGGCAAUAAUUUAAUCGAUUAUGCGCAGCUUGGAUUAGCCUUCAAACUUUACUCCUGUGAAGCUCUAUUCAACCGUGGUCUCUGUUACAUGUAUCUCGAGCAGGAAGAAAAUGGCAUGCAGGAUUUUUCUUACGCAUCAAAAGAAAAGGUUAUAGAAGACCAUGAGGUCAUUGAUGAGGCGAUCAAAGAAAAGGCUGAGGGAUACACAGUAUUCUCGAUACCAGUUGGUGUAGUAUAUCGACCGAAUCAAUCUAAAGUUAAAAACUUAAAAACUAAAGACUAUCUCGGGAAAGCUCGACUGGUUGCUGCAUCUGAUCGGUCUAACGCAUUCACUGGAUUUGCUGGGUCCGAAAUGAAAAAUGCUGCAAAAAUCGAUGUAAAGGAUGAUAGACCAGCAGAAAAUCUUUCUUUCGCAGCAACAAAUCUUGUGAAGCCGAAUCUUACCAGCAAACGACAAGAUGGAGAAGGAGGUGGCUCCUAUGCUGCUGCGUCAAUACCCCCACUAGAAUCGGAUAGAAAAACUUCCAUGAGUCGAGCAGCCUCUGUUAAAAAUGCCAUGAGACCGAGUCUUGGGAGCAUUAGCACAGAGAGAAGUAGGCCAAGUGAUAGGAAUGAUGAACAAAGUCCAUUGCAGACUAAUAUGAGGUCACGAUUUUCUGAUUCUAGAGCUGCAAGUAUGAAAAAACCAGCCUCUAGAGAGCAAUCACGAGCACGACGAAUCACUAAACCCUCUGACUCAGACAAAGAUACAUAUCCUGGCGAUGUCUAUGAUAUGUACUCGAAUGACAAUGGUAAAAACCCAAACCGAUCUAGCAAUCGCCCAAAAAGAAAUACUCGAGGUGGAGACGUCGAUGAAGAGGACCAGAGUGACUAUGAUGGAGAUUCUGUUGAAGAAGGUGAAUUUGAGAUCGUAUCCGGCAAGGCAAACGGGCGUUCAAGCACAUUUCCAGCAGGAAAUCGUAACUCUCGAAGGUCGGAUGUUCGACAGAUACGCAUUAAGGUACAUAGUGAAGAUGUGCGUUAUGUACUGGUGGAUGCAUCUGUUGAAUUUCCAGACCUAGUUGAUCGGGUACGAGAAAAGUUUGGGCUGCGCAAGCGGUUCAAGAUUAAGGUUCGAGAAGAUGACACUCCAGAUGGUGAUAUGAUUACCAUGGGCGACCAAGAUGAUCUUGACAUGGCUAUCAUGUCAGCUAAAGCAGCUGCCAGACGAAAUCAGUUAGACGUCGGUAAGAUGGAGAUUUGGAUAGUUGAAGGAUAA